AUGACUUCGUACAAGAAACUAGUAAAAGGUGCUACAAAGAUUAAGAUGGCCCCACCAAAACAGAAAUAUGUCGAUCCAAUCCUAUUAGGGACAUCAAACAAUAUCGAAUUCCAACAAAUUGUGUCAGAAUUGACGUCAAGAAUAAAUAAUUGUAACAUUUGGUCUGUCAUAUAUAAGACAUUAAUUGUCGUCCAUCUUAUGAUAUCCAUUGGGGAACCAAACGUUACAUUAAGAUAUUUCAGUAAGAAUUUGAAUUUCUUUGAUAUAAAGAGGAUCUUGAACUCUUCUAAAUGGUCAAGUAAUGAUCUGAAAGCAUUGGAAAGGUAUGAUAGAUAUAUUAAGAUUAGAUGUAGAGAAUUCGGUAAGUUUAAAAUAGAUUUCGUGAAGGAUUCAUUCUCUUUCAAAUCGAAGAAUAAUAAGGAAAACAAUGGCAAUAACGAUGACAACGACUAUGACGAUCGUAGGAGACUACACUCUGAUAUUCAUUUGGAUUUAGAUAUUGUGGAAUCAAUUAUUAUUAUUAUCAGAUCAUUGGUAGAAAAUAAGUAUUCAGUCUAUGAUUUACAAAAUAAUCCAUUAUUAUUGUACGCAUUUAAAUUGUUAGUUCAGGAUUUAUUGGCCUUGUAUAAUACUUUGAAUGAAGGAGUCAUCAAUUUGUUGGAAUCAUUCUUUGAUCUGGAUCGUGCUGAGGCGGGUGAAACUUUGGACCUUUAUAAAGAUUUUGUCGAUCUGACGGAAGAUGUCGUCAAUUAUUUGAAAACUGGGAAAGCUGUUGGUUUAAAUAUACCGGUUAUUAAACAUAUAACUACUAAAUUGAUCAGAUCCCUGGAAGAUCAUCUAAAUACCAUUUCUGAUGAUGUUCAAAAUAAGAGAGUAAGUGAGAAAAAUGACAAUGUAAGAACAACUUCAAGAACCGUUAGUCAAGUAUCACAACAUAGUACUAAUAAUACUACUAGAUCAGCAGCUGAACAAAGAUUAGAACAAAUUAGAGAACAAAAACGCAUCUUGGAACAACAACUACAUAAUACUCAAGUCUUAAUGACGCCAACUGUGGCGGUUCAACAUUCAUUUAAUCCAUUCACACCUGAAUUAAACAAUCGACAAUCAACGUCAACUUCCACUCCUCAAUCUUAUAAUCCAUUCACUCCUGAAUGGACGGGGAAUAUCAACCCACUUCAAAGCCCUGCCCUUAACGCGAAUAAUACGAAUCAAACUUUCACUUUUGAAACAGUACAACAACAACCUAUCGUAGCUACUCCAACAAAUAAUCCAUUUUUAAUGCAUCACGAACAACUUCAACAACAACAACUACAAGAACAACAACAACAGUUGCUUCUACAACAACAGCAGCAGCAACAACAACAACAGCAACAACAUAAUUUAUAUCCAAAUCAAACUCAAAGUUUUACCCAAGGAUUUUAA